ACAAAAGUAAAAGACAUUUUCCACAACCUCCACCCCCGAAAUCCUAUUUAGUCUGAAAAGUUAAAAACUUUUAUACAACGGGUAUAUGAAGAAUUAACAUUGAUUUGUUUCCCGAACUUUGUGGUAUUUAAAACUAGGGUCGGCCUCUGAAGCUUGUGUUAUAAAUUUAGCAUGUAAAAAGCUAAGCGGCAAUCGUAGGUUUUGUAAACUCAGGUCGCAAUUCAUUAAGAAAGGAAAGGGUGGAAAAUAGGUAAAGAUUAGAAAAGAAUUUAUAUUCAGUUACAGUCUUUUUUUUUGAAGACUUAAUAACAUAAAGUGAGCUAUUACUAGGAGCCAUAGGGAUUAAAAAAAAAAUCUAUAAAUGAUGGAAUUCCUCAAAACGUGCGGUCUGUGGGAGGACUGAAUUGAUGAAAAGAACAGCGAAGUGUAGGAGUAUCGAACCGGGCCAGACGCGAGCCCAGCUAACCAGCAUCCUGGGGACCCUCAAAGUGCACUCCUGGACGUUCUCAGGCCCUGCGACCCCGCGACGCGCAGGCGCAAGAGGUGCCGACCAUAGAGCUUCCAGACCGCCAAGAUUCCUAGAGAGCUGCCGGAAGUGCCUCUGGGGCAAGAUGCGUGUUGGCGGGUGUUGUCCCCCCGCUGGUUUGGAAGUGGGGGGCCUGAGGGGCCUGGUGGGAUUAGAGCUUUGGCCCCCUUGUGUCCCCGCCCUCCCUCCCGGUCCGUCCACCCUCCGCGGCCUCUCCGCCUCACCCUGGGCCGCGCCUGGAACGCGCCUACCCUUAAAGAAGAGGCCCUCAGAAGGUUCUUCUCUUAAGGAGAGAAAGGUGACAGAACGAGGCUCCUGAGUUUUUCCGGCCCUCCAUGGCUGCAGAAUCAAGAAAGUCUUUAGCCCCAUCCCCAGCAGACCGGGCUCCUGAAGAGGACCUUGUGAUCGUCAAGGUAGAGGAAGAUCACGGCUGGACCCCGGAGCCUAGUCGGCAUGAGAAGCAUCCCGCUGACCAAGAGCUGUCCCGCCUGCGUUUCCGGCAGCUCUGCUACCAGGAGGCACCGGGGCCCCGAGAAGCAUUGGCCCAGCUCCGGGCACUGUGUCAUCAGUGGCUACGGCCUGAUUUGCACAGCAAGGAGCAGAUGCUGGAGCUGCUGGUGCUGGAGCAGUUCCUGAGCAUCCUGCCCGGGGAGCUCCAGGCCCUGGUUAAGGAGCAUCAGCUGGACAGUGGGGAGGAGGUGGUGACCCUCCUGGAGGACCUGGACAGGCAGAUCGAUAUACUAGGACGGCCAGUCCCGGCUCGUGCACAUGGACACAGGGUCCUCUGGGAGGAGGUGACACGCUCAGGGUCUGCACCAGAUGCUCAGCUGCAGCCUAUGGCGGCCCAGCAUGCACCUCCAGGGCUCCAAGGGCCACAUGACAGAGCUCUAGCCACUUCUCCGAGUCCCACCCCUUCCCAGAAAGGAAGUCCUGGAGACCAGAUGACAGCUACACUUCUAACAGCAGGGUUCCAGACUCUGGAGAAGAUUGAAGACAUGGCUGUGUCCCUAAUUCGAGAGGAGUGGCUUCUUGAUGCAACACAGAAGGAUCUGAGUAGAGAUAAUAGGCCAGAGAAUUACAGAAACAUGUUCUCCCUGGGUGGUGAGACCAGGAGUGAGAACCGGGAAUUAGCUUCGAAACAGGUAGCAUCUGCCGGAGUCCAGCCACGUGGAGAGACAGCUGCCAGAUGCAAUGGGGAUGUUACCGGGGGUCUGGAGCAUGGAGAAGCCCGAGACCUUCUGGGCAGCAGAGUAGAGAGGCAGCGGGCAAAUGCCACCCAAGAGAGACGACAUAAAUGUGACGAAUGUGGGAAGAGCUUUGCUCAGAGCUCAGGCCUUGUCCGCCACUGGAGAAUCCACACCGGGGAGAAGCCCUAUCAGUGUACUGUGUGCGGGAAAGCCUUCAGUUACAGGUCAGCCCUUCUCUCCCACCAGGAUAUCCACAACAAAGUCAAGCGCUAUCACUGUAAGGAGUGUGGGAAGGCCUUCAGCCAGAACACAGGCCUGAUCCUGCACCAGCGCAUCCACACGGGGGAGAAGCCCUACCAGUGUAGUCAGUGUGGGAAGGCCUUCAGCCAGAGUGCGGGCCUGAUCCUGCACCAGCGCAUCCACAGUGGGGAGAGGCCCUACGAGUGCAACGAGUGUGGGAAGGCCUUCAGUCACAGCUCCCACCUCAUUGGCCAUCAGAGGAUCCACACUGGCGAGAAGCCCUAUGAGUGUGACGAGUGUGGGAAGACCUUCAGGCGGAGCUCACAUCUCAUUGGCCAUCAGAGGAGCCACACUGGGGAGAAGCCGUACAAGUGCAGUGAGUGUGGGAGGGCCUUCAGCCAGAAGUCAGGCCUGAUUGAACACCAGAGAAUCCACACCGGAGAGAGACCCUACAAAUGUAAAGAAUGUGGGAAGGCUUUCAAUGGGAACACUGGCCUCAUUCAGCACCUGAGAAUUCACACAGGGGAGAAGCCCUAUCAGUGUAACGAGUGUGGGAAAGCCUUCAUUCAGAGGUCAAGUCUCAUUCGACAUCAGAGAGUCCACAGUGGAGAAAAAUCUGAAUCCGCAGGAGUUUAGGGAAGAACUUGAGUCGUAGUUUAGGUGUUAUUCAGUAUUUGAGAAACCACAUGCUGGUGAGAGGUCUUUCAGUAUAGUAAAAAGGCAGAAAGUCUGUCAUCGUUGCAACCUUCCGUAGGGUCAGAGCCAGGAGUGGUGGCAGUUAGAGCGGCUCUCAGUAGUUUGGGCCCAGUGCCUUGAUGCAGAUUCAUUGGCGUGACAGCCUCGGGAGGUGUCUGACGGAGCGGUGCUCCUGUGGCCUGGUGUAGCCUUUAGAAGCUGAAACAGCAUUAGGGCGAGUUGCUUGUGCGGCCGAAGCACUGAACUUUGCCUUUUGGGUGAGUAGCUGUACGUUUGCGAGAGGCCGCCUCUAGUUCUCUGAGCUCCCCUCUCCUGUGAGCCUGUUCCUCCCCGAAGGUGCACUUGUGCCCCUGAUUGAUCUAAGAAGCUGCUUUAGAGUUUGAAGCAGCCUCUGUGUGAGAGACUCAGUUUGUACUUAGCUUUCUAAGAUCCUAGUUCUAGGGAAGUUUUUACAGGCACUUGAUGUGUUUAUGUUUAAGUGUGUGUUUUCUUUUAUCCUAACAUUCUUGAUAGUGGAAAUACAUAUUCCCACGCAGACUCAGAAUGCUUUAUUUUUAACAGCACUCCAGUAUUUUUCUUCACAUCCCCGCCUCACUGACUCCACUGAGUCACUGAGCAUCCACAUGUCCCCUUCACCACCCCGGGCCCAGAGCCCGCGUCAGCAGGGAGCGGACACCUUAGUGAUGCUUGUGGGAGUGUGCAGAGAAAGGUGAGUGGAGGAAGCCCCCCGCUCUGGAGUCUGGAGGGCUGUACCUUCUGCUGGUGACACUGGCUCUCCUGUCCACCUUCCUACUGUGCUGUGGUCCACAGAGGUGUUCAUGCUCACCUACUUGUGGCAUCAUGUGGGAGACAGUGGAGAUGGGGACUUGAAGAAGACAUAGACAUCCUUAUCGAGCGUGUACGCAGUCCUGUUGGCCCAUCAUAGGAUUGCUCAGCUUCUGAGCUCUCUGCACAAAUCCCCCGACUGGAUGGCCUGUCAUUCUUGUCAUUACCCUGGCCCCUCUUUAGGGGGCCUCAGCACCUCAUGCAUCAUUACCCCUGUUUCUUGCCGUUGGUUUUUUAUAUCCACAGUGGUUAUCUCUCAAGUACUUCACCUCCCAGGUCCUCGUUUUGAAUUCUGGUGAGCUUCGUCAGCAGUCCAGCAGACUAUUAAACGUAUCAACACCAGGAGUGUAUCCCAUCUUUGAGGCUUUAGUGAACCACCAAGGGACAUGAAACAAUGAGGCUGGUCUACAGUCACAUGCUAGAGCUCGCACACCCUUUUAGUUGGGCAGUUGUGACUAUUCCGGUAGUGCUACCACUGUCCCACAUUUUGGGGACACUCAGAACUCCCAUUUACUAAACCAUGCACGAAAACACUAUAGUACUCUUGAGUCACAUCUCAUUUCUGACUUUGAUUACCCACUUGUUCACCAGAUUUGAAAUUGAGUAACUUGCCUAUUUCCAGAGUCACCUUUCAUAGUUGGAAUUAAUUGAUUCCGUUAAUCCUGUUCAGAAGAAUAGAACAUACCUUCUGAUGAAAACUCCAAGAGAACUUCUGUAACUUCACACUGUGAAUAUUCUGAACAGGGACAACACUUAUUAAGUUAUUUUGCAAUUGAUGUUUUUAAAAAUCAGUCGUAAAAUCCUACAUCAUAGAGGUCCACCUUUUGGAUCAUAAAUUCCUUCCCUUUAACACCCUUUCUCUACCCCCUUUGGCACACCUUCACCAAUGACACCGUCAAGGUUAUCUAGACCUGUUGAGUUAUUGGUACCCUCCUGUCAUUUGUCAUCCUGGUUUCCUUGGUCAACUUCUUCAAAAUGGUGCUUAUUCUCCCUCCCUCCUCCCCUAUAGAUCACCAUUCCUAAUUCUUUUGUACUUGAACUUUCAAGUAACCAGAAACUAAUAAAUCUGGUUGUCUCUAGAUCCUUGCUCUCUGCUUCAGUUGUGCCUUACCCUCUGUAAGAUACAUAUAAUGCAGACAUUACAUAGGAUGGGUAUGUUGUCGGAGUGUGUGUGUGUGUGCGCGCACAUGCACGUACACAAACACACACACACACCCUUCUCCCAUGUGGUCCAGAGAAAUGCUGGUCUUCUAUUCAAGGGAAAGUUCUGAGCAGAACAACAUUUGAAAUGACUAAAUGUACCAGCUAACAUCGCUUGACUCAGUCAAGUGUAGCCAGAUUACUUAAAUCUCAGAAUAUUACUAAGCAUCUGGUAGAAACUCAGAGGAAAGAAGACAGGACCAGAAAGAUCAGUGUUUUACUGGACGAAUGUGAGACAAGACUGACUGUCAUGGCUGACAGCACACCUACAGAAAUGGCCACGUAGAGAAGACGAUAGGAAAGGCUCCAUGGCUCAUGGGGGGAAGUCCAUACGUGGUCUCCAGUUCUCACCCUUAGGCUGUUGUGGGUCGUUCUGUGGGACCUUGUUUUGAGCUGCUAACUAUCAUGCACCAAGUUCCUUUAUCCUGCAGGUUCUGUUUUUAUGCUCUUAAUCUGAAAUGAACUGUCCACCAGUACUGUCUUCUCCCAUCCUCAGCUUCUCCUUUUAGGACCUGGAAAGAUAAAAGUGGUUCUUCCAUAACUCUGCUGCCAUUCAGCAUAGUCCUAGCAGACGCAUCUGAGGCUUCAAGAUUUCCUCCAUUGAGCGAGGUGGCAGUGUCAGGAUGUGGUGUCUGACUCCCACACGGAGCACUUAGCUUCACUCUCUUGGUUCUGCGGCUCUAGAGAAUAUUGGCUGGUGUUUAUUGAGCACAUGCUGUGUACCAAACUCUGUUAAGCUGUGAUAUUGUUAUAUCCCCCAUUUUAUAGACGACGAAACUGUCUAUAACUCCCUAUAAUAGGGAGUUGACCGAGCUGACCAGGAUGGUACAGCUGUACGUGAGGGAGCAGAGCUAAGCUGCACAGUCUGAACUGCCGAGCACUGUGCUGCUGUCUCCCUGAUGAACUCCCUAACCCUGGCCCGCUGUUUCACAGUUACGCACCCCUAGUUACAGGAGGUGCCAGGGACCGGGAUGUGCAGUAGCAAGUCCAUUACCAUUACUGGGAGAUUGGUUGAAAAUGCCAUUUUGGUUUAUAAUUACACCUUUAAUGUUGAUAGUUUGAUGCUUUGUAGUAGUAGAAAACUAACUUGUGUAAGUAAAACAUGUUUAAAAGAGUAACUGGGAUGAUAAAGCAAUAACUUACAGAUUCAAA